AUGCUGAAUGAUUCCACUGUAUCUGAGGAUUAUGAUAAUGAUCAGUUUUAUUAAGCUAUUGGAGGAGGAUUUGAUUUGGCUAGUGAAUUUUAAGAAGAAUAAAAAUUAACAGAGAGUAAUUAGCUCUUUGAUGAAGAAGAAGGUGUUGCAGAUUAACAAAUAAAAGAAGAAUAAGUCCAACAAAUUGUAAUGGAUGAAGAGUAAAAAGAGCUUUAGGCAGAGCAGUUGUAGCAGUAGUAAGAGAGAAUUCGAGUUAAGAAACUGGGCCUUUAAAACUCAGUAAACUUUGACAUUAUUCUUGGGUCUUUUUCAUAGUUUGUUGAGGAAUAAUAGACUCAGAUUAACCAAAUGAGGAUUAAGACAUUUGUCGAAAAUAAUGUGGUCAAUGGGUAAUCUGAUUACUUUAACUUUGGACUGAAUACUACCACUUGGAGAAUGUUUGUUAACAAGCAAAUACUAAUGAGAUACGAGAGGCUGUUUAUUGAGAAACAGAUGAAUGAGGUUAAGUAAAGGAAAACAGAUUUAGAGAGAUAGCUGGCAACUCUAGAUGCUGAUAUUUAGAAAGUUAAAAGAGAACAAGAAAAUGUCAAAAAUGCAGGUAAUGCCUCUGCUGGUUAGGGUAGUAAUCCUAGUCAUCAAUCUUAGCAUUAAUAAAAUGGAGGUAAUUAGAUGGGCCAUAGACCUGAUAGAAGAAGAAAGCAAAAUCAUAACAAUCCAGGAAUGAUGAAUCCUUUUGGACCUAAUGCUAUGAUGCCUCCCUUUAUGCCCUUCAUUCCUCCUCCAAUGCCUGGAGGUCAAGUUCCAGGAUUAGUGAUGCCCGGUAUGAUGAUGCCUGGUUUCGGAAUGAUGGACCCAUCCAGACAAAUGGGCCAAUAAUGA